AAAGAACUGGUGGUACCGGGAGCAGCUAUCAUGCAGGCGGGAAUGUCAGGUCGCUGACGACAGGCAGACGGGAGGAAGUGUCGCUUCCUCACGCGGACGGCGGGUCUGUGUCGGGUUCUGGCUGCAUGCCUGAGGCACUCAAAAACGGUCUGGUGGUCAUGUUGAGUGGCAUCUACGGCAUCCUACUGGUAGUGCUGGGUUUGGUGCUGCCUCUGUCGGAGAUCUUUCUCGAUUCUGAUCAUCCGUACUUCUUUGAGGUGUUCUAUCUCUACCUGUACACUGUCAGCAUGGUUUUCCUGGUCUACGUGUACACGUACCUGCUGCGAAAAGAGCGCCUGUUUAUCCUCGGCUUGCCUAGAACCAUCUCAAGGACACUGUCAAGAACCAAAAGCAGGUCAUCCCUGAGGUCUGGCAGGAGCUCGUCUUUCAGCGGGAAGAGUGAUGCAGUGGGUAAGCCAUUGGUGAGGUACAACAGCACCCUCAGCUCCAUCUCCACGAAGAGGAGGAGGAAGAUCGCCUUUAACCCAGAGAUCAACACUCACACAGGCAGUUUCUACCUCAGGGUUGGGGUCGUUGUGUUCGGUAUUGGCAGUAUGAUCCACGGUGGUCUGAUUUUCGGCCAUUUCCUUGAAAUCAAGCACUUGGCAAACCAUUGCAGCAACGUUGUUCAAGCAGUGAAACCGUUCGCUCUUCUGUGCUUUACUUUCGUGCAAAUGUAUUUCAUUUUCAUGAAUUCUAAGAUGUGCAUCCACAAAUACAAGUGUCUGGCGCGCUUUGGACUGAUGCACAUGAGUUGCACCAACAUCUGUGUCUGGCUGAGAUCCAUCGUCCUGGAGACCUUGCUGGUCAUGAAAGUCCACAAGCGAGACACUGACAGCUCCCUCGACCACGGCAAGGAAGGCAUCCCUACAGGUAGCCACCUAGGCAGUCGCUACCUGGGAUCCACGCAGGCUCCAGGUGGCGACCUCAGAGAGGACGAAAGUGAGUUUGUUUCCGAGCUUAGCUGUAACGUGGAUGCCAUGAUGGGCAAAGUGGUAGAAAAUUCUUCAGUCUACCUGUACCCGUGCACCAUCGAGUACAGUCUGGUGUGUGCGUGUGUGCUGUACGUAAUGUGGACAAACGUUGGAGAAGGCAUCACCGGCACUAGAGCAGAUUCCUGCUCGGAUCUAGGCCAGCAGGACAGCGACGAGGACAGCGACGACGACAACGGACACCACCGCAUGAGCGUGGACUGCGCCAGCUCCAGCAAGGGUCUCUUCCUUGGCGUCUUCUUGUUCGUCGUCUCCGUGGUGUGUCUCGUCUGCUACUACGUCCUCUCUAGCAACGACAGUCACGUGACCACUGGUACACUUCUAGGGCACAUCUGCGAGGAGGUUAUCCUGGUGGUGACCUUUGUGGCCACCAUAGUCGCCUCAGUUCAGAUGCAGCAGAUGCACUUCUCGGUGAAACAAAAAGUUGGAAUUGAAGAAAUCCUCACCCUGAUUUCUAUUUCUGGUCUGAUCCUUUACGGCGCUUGGAGUAUCAUCGCAGCCACCUUCUACCUGGACACCCUGCACGGACGUCUGACCAUCAUCACCAAUCUCUUUAUGGUCAUCCAAUCCACUUCGCAGGCAGCAUUUACGUUCCUAGCACUGAGAGCCUCAGCCAGAGAUCACGAACAA